GUACCCCAUCAUUGGCCAUUCGUGGAAUGUGUCGACGAGAGAUGAAGUACCGCACCGCAGCACUGCUCACAUUUUGCGGUGGCGGCGCCCGUAUGUUUCUGUGUAUUAUGGAAGGAAUAUCUGUUUCAUUUGUUUUUCUCCAACCGUGUCCGAAUCAUCUUCCGCAAAUCUCGAGCGGAGGCGCGCGCGAGCUAGCAAUUUUCCGGAAUCGGAUCGGAGCGUAUUGUUUCUCGGUUGUUCGUCGGCAUCCCUCGGGUGGGGUUUGGUUGGGCAGAACUCACAGGGGAGUUCACGUAUCGAUUGAAAUACCCGGGCGACGGCGUGUCUGUCCUAACAACAAAGAAGCGUCUCCCUGAUCGGUCAGGUGGCGCCAUCCGUGAAAACCAGGGCAGUCGAAUUCUUCCGCUAACGGAAGGAGGGCAGUCGGAAUUCUCCUACUAAAACUGGUGAGCUGCCAGCAGUAGUGAUAUUGGGGACUGCUAAUUGGAUUAGUGCAAUUGGACGAGUUCCACGAAUCGAAUUAGGUGCCUACCUACAUUUCCCGCCGGCACCGGUUGAGUAGCAAAAAAGGAAUCAUUACACAGAUCAACGAUGCUGGUCCCACCGGAGAUGAUUGCCGUGCAGUCGAAGACCAUUUUCCAGAUCAAUAAGUACUACGCGGAAAAGGUCCAGAUGCGGAUGGGCAACAUUGCCCGGGUGAUUCGCGAGAUCUGCAAAAUCGUGCAGGAGGUGUUGCGGGAGGUCGAGGUGCAGGAACCGCGCUUCAUCUCCAGCCUGGUCGAGUGCAAUGGCAGAUUCGAAGGAAUCGAGGUGAUCACACCGAACAGCUUCGAGGUGGUGCUGUACCUGAACCAGAUGGGCGUGUUCAACUUCGUCGACGAUGGUUCGCUUCCGGGUGCGGCCGUCCUUAAGCUGAGCGAUGGUCGCAAACGAUCGAUGUCCCUGUGGGUGGAAUUCAUCACCGCUUCCGGGUAUCUAUCGGCGCGGAAGAUCCGUUCCCGGUUCCAUACUCUAGUCGCACAGGCCGUGGAGAAAUGUCCGUAUAGGGAAAUGGUGAAGUUGGUUCCUGAUACCACUGAGGUCAAGUUAAAGAUUCGCGAGAGGUACAUCGUGCAGAUAACUCCGGCUUUCAAGUGCACCGGGAUUUGGCCUCGAUCGGCAGCUCACUGGCCGAUACCGCACAUCCCAUGGCCCCACCCGGCACUGGUUGCCGAAGUCAAAUCGGAAGGGUUCGAUCUGCUUUCCAAAGAGAGUGUAAUUCUGCAAGGGAAGAAUGCAAACAUCGAGGGCGACGCUUGGAUACUACAUUUUACCGAAGCCGAGAACCGACUGCUGCAGGGUGGCUACCGGAAGAGGUGUUUGAGUAUUUUGAAAACGCUGUGCGAUCGCCAUUUGGAACUUCCGGGGAGCCCGAUUACGUAUUACCAUCUGAAGACACUUCUGCUGUACGAGUGCGAGAAACACCCGCGGGAGGUCGAGUGGGAUGCCAACUGCAUCGGGGAUCGCUUGAAUGGGAUAUUUCUGCAGUUGAUUUCGUGCCUGCAGAAUCGACGCUGCCCGCAUUAUUUCCUGCCGAGUUUGGAUCUGUUUAAGGGGAAGUCUCCGACGGCCCUGGAUAAUGCUUCGAAGCACGUGUGGAAACUGUGCCGGGACAUUCUGACCAGUACCAAGGCGUUCGAUCGGCUGUAAGGAGGAGGUGAGUCACAAUAAAGUUAAAAAAAAAUAAAUCAUAUCCCCAUCUUAAACCAAGAAUGUGAAACAACAACAAUGAAACGAAUGUAUACGAUAUCGAAACUAAAAGUUGCCCCUAAGUUUUACCAAGUAGAGAAAUUUUUAUCUAAUAUUUAAGUGUUAUUGGGACGAUUUUAAUUCGAUGAAAUUUUGUGUAGUGAUAGUGCGUUUUUAGUGAGAUUGAAAAUUUACACAAAAAUGACCACGAUUAACACAGCUUAGAUGUGUGUAGGUGCAAUUUUGACCAGUUUGUGUCAUUAGAACCGAUUUUAUUGAGUUUUUUGUUUUUUAAUAAUCGUAGUUUAUUUUUAUUUAUAUAUACAUUUUACUAGAGUGUAAUCGACGCUUGUUCAAGUUGAGAAAUGAACUCCAUAAUAACCAACAACGUAAUACGAUAAUAUAUCAGUAAAGAAAUGAAAAUUCAUCAUUGUGAAUAGCUUUUUGGGAGGAAAGUAUAACUUUCAGCAAUAUUCAGUGAA